GUCUCCGUAGCAGCCCGUUUCAGUGGAUCGUAGCGCCGUUGGGGCCCGCUGGGACGCCCAAAAAAACACUCUCUUCGCUGUUCGGACGGUGCCUUGUCGUCAUGGGUCACUGCGUAUUUCCUUGGCUUUUUUGACUUUCUCGUAUUUGGCACGGCCUGCCUGCUUUCCUCUUCUUUAACGCCCGCAUCUGCUCUUUCCGCCUCCUCCUCCAUCUUCCCUCUCAUCAUCUUCACCGGUUUUUGUUGGAAUUGUGUCUGUCUUGUGUUUCGCCUUGUAUUUUCUCACGGGAUACAAUCUGCUACUCGACUUUGCUUCUGCUGUACCACCACGCGACGCUUGCGCAAACAAGACUGCCGCUCCUCCUCCGCACGAUUACGAUGCGCUCCUCUCUUUUGCCGCUGGCAAUCUCUGCCUUUGCCUCUGUCGGCGCUGCCCUGGACCCCGUCGAGGUCUACGGCAACAAGUUCUUCAACAAGGAUGGCUCUCAGUUCUUCAUGAAGGGUGUUGCUUACCAGCUACGACCGACCGAUCCUUUUGUCGACACUGAUCAGUGCAAGCGUGAUGCUUCUCUCAUGAAGGAGCUCGGUGUCAACACUAUCCGCACAUACCAUGUUGACCCCAACGGUAGCCAUGAUGGCUGCAUGAAGGCUUUUGACGACGCCGGCAUUUACGUCCUUCUCGACCUCGACACCUUUGAGACGUACAUUAAUAGCACGCACCUCCAGUGGGACCAGGGACAGUACGACGCCUACGCCAAGGUCAUGGACAAGUUCCACGGCUACGACAACGUUCUCGGCUUCUUCAUCGCCAACGAGGGUAUUGCUGCUAGAGGCCAAUCCCAAGUGGCUCCUUACCUCAAGGCCGCUGCACGCGACAUGAAGGCUUACCGCGACAACAAGGGCUACCGCAAGAUCCCCAUUGGUUACUCCGCCGCGCACAUCAUCGAGAUGCAGCCCAUGCUUCAGGACUUCUUGACCUGCGGUGGUGAUGACAAGAACAUUAUCGACUUUUACGCCAUCAACUCCUACUCUUGGUGCGACCCCUCCACCUACGAAAAUUCCGCCUACGACAAGCUCCAAAAGUACGCCCAGGACUUCCCCGUCCCCAUCUUCUUCUCCGAGACUGGCUGCAACACCCACCCUCCCCGUCUCUUUGGUGACCAGGACGCCAUCUUUGGCAAGGAGAUGAUCAACGACAUCAGCGGUGCCCUGAUUUACGAAUGGAUUGAGGAGACUAACAACUACGGUCUUGUCACGUACGGAAAGGCUGAUUCCGGCCCUGACGUGGAGGAGGGCUUUGUUCGUAAGGGAACUCCCACUCCUGUCGUCCCCGACUUUGAAAACCUCAAGCAAAAGUGGGCUACUAUUAAGCCUACCGGUGUCAAGAAGGCCGACUACACUCCCAAGCCCUCAACCCGACCCUGCCCUUCGUCCACCGACGGUGGUUGGUGGCAGGUCCCUGGCAACGUUAAGCUUCCCACAAUCGGCCAGGCCUUCACCGGCUCCUACUCUACCGCCGCUCCUUCUCCCACUGGCAGCAGCACCGGUAAGGCCGGAGGCAGCGAUGGCAACAACGGAGGCAAGACUCAGGGCAGCGGUGAUGCUGGCAAGGACGGCAAGGAUGGCAAGGGUGAUAAGAGCGCUGCUAUCCGCGACAAGCAAAUUACUAUUGCUGGCUCUGCUCUCUCUGUCCUUGUCUUGGGUGCCGCCCUUUUGCUGUAAUGUGUCUGGAUUGAUGAUGGAUUGUUUCUCAAAGCACAGAAACGUACAUGAGCUGUGAUUUUUGGGUGUAUAUAGUUAGACGUGUGUUGUUAUUGUUUGUUAUUUUUUUGCUGAUGGAUGUGGUGUAUAUUUUGACGGGAUUACUAUGCCAUUUUUUGCAAUGCAUAUAGAUAUAGACGAUAAAUACCACUGUUUAUGAUUCUUCACUUAUACAAUAUCGUCACUUGCUCCUCACUACAGUGGUUCGCCACGCUCAGUACUAUACGAUGUGGUGAGCCUCUCAUCAAUUUCAGUGCUAAAUCCGGCUUAGUCAUGCAGAAUCCUCCACUAACCGCAAGCGAACGAGGCGGGUAACUCAGUGGAGAGAAGAUGGCUGGGAAGGCAAGCCUAUUGUUAAGAGGGUGAAAAAAAAAUGCAACUGAUAAUCGGGC